CUUAGCUAUAAGUGUAGACACGAUCUUGUCCAUGCGGAUUUGCGUGACUUGUGAGUGUGCUGAAAAUGCCUCCACUGACAGCAAUGAAAUUACAAAUGUUGUUUGCCAUGUGUUUUGCACGGGCCUACCAAGAAAUACCUCAAUACCAGCACAGAGACCCUGUGACAUCUAAGGUGCUGCUUUGUGACCAGUGUCCACCCGGAACAGCUGUGAAACACCACUGCAGCACAAAGGAACCCACUGUUUGUGCCCUCUGCCCAGAAAAAUGCUUUGCGGAGCAGUGGCACUGGGGAGACAGCUGUCAACAUUGUACAUCUGUCUGCAAGGAAAGACAGAUUGUACGAAGGGAAUGUAACAGCACUCAUGACAGGCUCUGUGAGUGUAUACAUGGAUAUUACCUAUUGGUGGAAUUUUGUGUCCGACACACUGCCUGUUCACCUGGCUUUGGUGUCAUUGUGCAGGGGACACCAGAGAGGAACACCUUGUGUGAGAAAUGUCCCCAGGGUUAUUUCUCCAGCACAUCUUCAACCACUGAACCAUGCAUACCCCACAGGAACUGCACUCAACUAGGCCUGAAGACUGUAAGACCAGGUACAGCCACCCAUGAUACUCUGUGUGAUUCUGAGAAUAAAGAGUUCACUUUUGACUGCUCCAAUCAACACACAGAGUGUCACAAUGACAUUAUAUUAUGUGAGGAAGCAAUAUUUAAAUUCCUUGCAUCACCACCUUUGGCUUCUGUCUCUGUGGAGCAUCUCUCUGAGAGCCUUCCAGGACGCAAAGUGGACUGGAAGAGUGUUGAGAGGCUGAAGAAAAGCUGCAGCCCGCAGCAGCAGGCACUACAUCUGCUUCGUCUCUGGACAGAACAAAAUAAGCACCAAGACAAACUCCUCAGUAUCAUCCAAGGUAUAAACCACUGUGAGAGGAAAGUAUCUCACUGUGCCAGUGUAAAAAACCUUACUCUGGAAGACCUUUUGACCUUGAUGGAGAGUUUACCUGGGGAGAAAGUGAGCGAGGAGGAUAUUCGAGCCCUGGUCCGUUUCUGUCCCUCACAGCGUUACAUCCUGCAGCUUCUACACCUGUGGAAGAUUCAGAAUGGAGCUCAGGACCUAGCCAAAGCUUUAUCUCACAGUCUCCGCAGACUACAUUUGAAAGGUGCUCACCGACACCUUCUUAAAAUUCUGAAGAGGAUCAGUCGGAUUAUUAAUGCGUCAUCCAUACACCGUAUGUAUGAGAAGAUGAUUGUUAACAUGAUCCAGGACAACACAUUUCAAAACCCAACUGUACAAUGACUAAUUAUACUUUAUCGAAGGACAAUUAAAACAAGUUAUUUAAGUUUAAAGCUGCAGUUGGUAACUUUUGACGCUCUAGUGGUUAAUAAACAGAACUGCUUGCGUCUCGCGGAAGAACAUCUUAGCCGGAACUACUUCUCUCUGUUUAUGUCUAUGAAGAACCACAACGGUACUGGGUUACUCCGCUGGGGUACCCCCGAAGCAAUCUAAAAUAGUCUGAAUAUAAACACUUAUUAUAGGUGCACCCUAGUGAUUCAGGACAAGCUAAAAACACGGUUUGGAAAAUGGAUUCAUGUUAUACUUGCUUAUUAUAUAAAUUUUUCUACAUUUUGAACACAAACAAAGUUACGGACCGCAGCUCUGAUUGGUUGUUUUCUUACUGGGAGCGCUCUGUAACUGCAAAUGGCAAAAGGACCACUGGGAGGAGCCAGAGGAGCUUGAUUUAUUCACAGAUUAUCUGUCUCAUAUUCUACUGUCAGGACAUAAUGACAGGUUUAACAAAUAUGUAAAAAAAAAAAUUACAAAAGUUACCUACUGCAGCUUUAAGUAUAUAGUUUUUAAAAAUUGUGGGUUAAAAGGGGGAUGGGUUAAGUAACUUUUUUUUGUGUGGAGAUGUAUAUCUUUUUUUGGGGUGCUGUUUUAUAUUGGACUGAAACUAAAGGUUUGACUCCAAAAUGGAAAUAUAAGCCAAGUUCUAGAGGAAAAUCAACAUUAAUUCAAGAUAUUGCUUGACCUGUUAUUACUUGGAAAAUGAACCUAUAUGCUGUAAAGGAAAAUGCCACCAUUUUUCCAUAUUCCACUAUGUUCUUGCCUCAACAUAGAUGAGUUGGUAUGUACCUAUUCCGUCUCAGUGCAUGCAAUCAAUUUCUGUUGCA